CCGGGGGUCGGGGACAGGCGGCGCUCGGCGAUCGCAGGGAAGGCGCGGCGGAGACGAGCUGUGGGCCUGGGAGAAAAUGUUUUCAGUUUGUUGACUAAACAGAGAAGAAAAUCAUGAUGGAAAAAUUCCAUCAUUCUGCAUGUGACACUGACCAGUUAGCCCUCUGGACCCAACUAAAGUCAAUUAGCCACAGCCAUCAGUCCAUCAGUCUCCCUGACUGUUCAGAAUUCAUAUUUGGAGUACAGCAAAGCUGUUGGCAAGUGUGUGUACAACCCGGCUAUCCCUUUACCCACCAGCUCCUGUGCAGAAAAUACUCUUUUUCAGAGUAUCUCCUGGUGCCAUCAGAAAUGUCUUCCUUAAGUGGAAAGGUCCAAACUGUUUUAGGCCUUGUGGAGCCAAGCAAACUGGGCCGAACCCUGACCCACGAACACUUGACAAUGACCUUUGACUUCUGUUACCAUCCACCUUCACCAAGCCAUGAAGCUACCUCUAAGGAACCUAUUAUGCUGAAAAAUUUAUUUUGGAUUCAGAAAAACCCUUAUUCCCAUAAAGAGAAUCUCCAGUUGAAUCAGGAGACAGAUGCCGUAAAGGAGGAAUUGUUAUAUUUUAAAGCCAAAGGCGGGGGGACUUUGGUGGAGAACACAACCACGGGGAUUAGCCGAGAUGUACAGACUUUGAAGUGCCUUGCGGAACAGACUGGUGUCCAUAUCAUAUCUGGAGCUGGGUUUUAUGUGGAUGCAACUCACUCUCCAGAAACUAGAGCCAUGUCAGUGGAGCAGCUAACUGAUGUCCUCCUUAAUGAAAUUCUCCAUGGAGCUGAUGGAACCAGUAUCAAGUGUGGUGUCAUUGGAGAAAUUGGCUGUUCCUGGCCUCUGACCGAGAGUGAAAGAAAGGUUCUUCAGGCAACAGCACAUGCACAGGCUCAGCUUGGCUGUCCUGUCAUCAUUCAUCCUGGACGGAAUGCAGGUUCACCAUUUCAGAUUAUCAGAGUACUGCAAGAAGCAGGUGCAGAUGUCUCCAAAACGGUUAUGUCGCAUCUUGAUAGGACUAUAUUUGAUAAGCAGGAACUACUGGAGUUUGCUCAACUUGGCUGUUACUUGGAAUAUGAUCUCUUUGGUACCGAACUCCUUCAUUACCAAUUCAACCCAGAUAUUGACAUGCCUGAUGAUAAUACAAGAAUUAGAAGGGUGCGUCUCCUGGUGAAUGAGGGCUAUGAAGAUCGAAUUCUGAUGGCACAUGACAUACAUACGAAGCAUCGGCUGAUGAAAUACGGAGGUCACGGCUAUUCUCAUAUACUCACCAACAUUGUUCCUAAAAUGUUGCUUAGAGGUAUAACUGAGAAUGCAAUUGAUAAGAUACUAAUAGAGAACCCUCAACGGUGGCUAACUUUCAAAUAGGAUGAUUGUGAAUUCAUAUUUUGAGUAUAAGACUUACAGGGAAUAGUCAGUGAUUUCAAACCCACAGUGAAAGAUUAAUUGGUGCUACACAGGACUAAUGAAGAAUCAUUUCUUUUUUAUGAGAAUUAAGAGUUUUACCUUUUCAGAAACUGGCUAUUGCAUCUGCACCUUCAGGGAGUUGCUGAGCCUAAUUGAGCUCUAUUUUUUGCCUUAAAAUAAAUACAGAAAUACCUAUUUCCAAACAAAGACUUAAAGUCUUUAUCCCCUAAGUGGGCUUUUGUUUUGUUUUACUAAUCUAUCAGCUGCACUACUUGAGAAAUUUAAAGUGUUUCUAGUUAAAUUCCCCCCUUCUGGAGCAAUCUGAUGUUUCUUUUAAUAUUGAUGAUCCCACUAAUUAUCCUGCUGUUCUGUAAUUAAUGCUUAAUGAAUAAUAUGACACUUUAAAAUAGCUUCUGCAGCAAGGGAAGUUAAAUUUUGAGACUUUUUUCGAAAGGAUCCUGUAACACAAUUACCAAUUCAUGAUGGUAAAAAUACUAUGGCAGGAUAAUUAUAUGCUAUCCACCUAUCUAUCUAUAUAUACAUACAUAUAUAUAUAUAUAUACUUGUAAUAAAUUAGUUUUGUUGCCUUUGUCUUUCUGAUAUUCAUUUUUACUCUGAAAUUUAUUGUGUUUUGAAAAAUUCAUAUGAGGGCAUGAACACAUAACAGUACUGAAUUGUAAAAAUUCAAUCAUAAAAGUCAAAAAAUAUAUUACAUAAUAUAGUUUAAUGAAUCAUUACAUUUGUAAUAACAAAGGCCACAAUUUAAUUAAUAAGAUAUAAUGCAAAAAAAGAAAUGUUUGCCUUAUAUAUAUUCCUUUUAUUUCUUUUACCUUUGAUUUGUUUUUCCUUGGGCAUAAACAGAGAAACUAAUGCUUAUUUAUCUGAAGAAAAGGUCAGAUCUAUUAGAAAUGACAGUCCAAUUCUAGAGCCUACUCUUUAAAAGGUACCCAGGCCUGAUUUUUGUGUAAAUAAAGUUUUUUUAAAAAAUGCUUUAUGUUAAAACUCUUAGUUGAUGUUCUUGCUAAUAAAUUUAUAAUUUAUUAAUUAUAAAUUAAUCUUUUGGUUUAACCCUCACUAUAUUACUUGUUACCUAAAAAAAUUCUCCAGACCCUGCUACCAAUUCCUUUUUGAUAAAUAUAUAUUGUUAAAUAGAAAUAAAAUCAUUGCAACUCCUUUAUGAGUUAUCUUACAUACUAGGAAAACCAAACAGAAUUAGUCAUUAUUCUUGAUGAACAGACUGUCAUUUUUUUCUCAUAUAAAUCAUGACAGUUACUCAGACCAAGUCAUUUAAACAAAGCAUACAGCACCUUCAGAUGAGAACACCAUGCAUAACUCUUUUGGAAAGUUGAGAUUUGCAAAAUAAAAGGUAUUUUGUGCAUUAAAGACAGUUGAGCAUUCUGUGUAUUAGAACAGAAAGUAUCACAAAAGAAUGAGCCAGGAGAACAAACUAAUUCCUUUAAAUGAAAAAAUGCAAAUGUCCUUCACCAGUAAAACAAGCAGAUUUUUAAAUCCCUGUUUUUUGAAAUCUACUUGUCAAAGAGUCUUCAAAGGCAACUGAGGGGAAACAGAUUUUUCAUUGCAAUAGUGGAAGUUGUUUGAUAGUUAGGAUACAUCAACAUGCAUUUUUAAUCUUUUUCUGAGAUUAAAGAGAUGGCUUUUGGCAGUGUGUUUUAACCAAAGAGAAAGGAUUUGCACUACUCUUAAAAUCUACUUUACUGUCAGCCUCAAGUCACCUGAGAAAAAAGAAAAAACUGGUAAUUCAAAUGCAUAUAAUUCAUAAACACUGCAAAGGAGAGUCUCUUUGUUUCGCAGUCCAAAUAUUAACAGUCUGCCACAGAAUGCAGUUAAAGUAUUGACUGGCAUAUGGUGAUAAAGAAAACAUAGGUUUAAUUUAUAUGAUGUAUAGGGCUUUUUAACCUAAUAAAAGUUAAUUUUCUGCAUAACUCUUAAAGAGACGUGAUUAUAAUUAUUUUGCUACUCCAUAUAUUUUUGUCAUUGAAAA